AUGGAGGCAGACAAGAAGUUUAGUAAAAUUAGCCAGCUGGAGACAGUAGCACCCUGGCCAAACAGCCCCUUUUCGAUGAUGGCUCCAUCAACCCUUCCUCUAGCCCCUAGUUCAUCUCAGGUGUGGAAACGACCUUACUUGAUGAACCAUUUUGAAAAUGGGGAAGGCAAUAGAGGAGCCAAGACUCAUUUCCAGCCCUUAGAUAUCCGCACUAGCACCACUACCCUUAUCCCUACUCCUACCACCAGCACUAACCCUACCCCUACCGCCACGAUCACCACAACCACUACCACCACCCCUACCCCUUCCACCACCACCCCAAUCACCACUACCACCCCUGCAGUUGAAGCAAUAAAGGAUAAGGGCAAGAAACCCCAGAAAGAAUCUGGGAGUGAUGCUGACCACGGUAAUGAUAAUAAAAUUGUUACUGUCAAGACUGAGAAGGAGGAGACAGACGACACUCUGAUUGGAGCUCCUCUUCAAAUUAGAGUGGGUCGUAACGUAGCUCCUGAGUCACUGGAUCCGAGAAAGCUCAAGAGGAUCCUUUCAAACCGAGUUUCCGCACAAAAAUCUAGAUUAAAGAAGCUUCAAUAUGUUGCCGAAAUGGAAAAGAAGGCAAAGGCUCUGGAGGCUCAAGUAGCUCUGCUAAGUCCUCAAGUGGAGUUCUUUAAAAACCAGAAUUAUUUUCUACAAAUGGAGCAACAUGCCUUGAACGAAUCAAUAUCUGUUCGCGCAGUUGACAAGUUACAUAAAGAUGCUCUAAUUGAAGCAAACAAAGAAGAGGUGCAGAGAUUGAGGCUACUGCAAUUGAAGAUAUUUGAACAGCAGCAAAUGCAGGCAAGCAUGUUUAUUAAUAUGGAUGGUGUAGGGUCAAUGGACCCGAAGAUGGUGAACUAUCCAGGUUUCACUCAAUCUGAGCUGGGAAAGAUGUUAUGUAGUUCAGACUCAAAAAAAGCACAAAGUGGAGAAAAGACAGCAGCAGAGAAUUUGCAGAACCAGAUCCGUGAGGCGGCUGAACAAACGCCCGAUGUUAAACCGAGCUUGGGAGUGUUUGCGGGAUCGAAGAAAUAA